CUCCCUUUUUUUUUUUUAUUUCCUUCAACUUUACUCAUUCCUCACCCUCGUCCUCAGGAGUACCUUUUUACUUCUUCCUGUCUUUCUUCUUAUUCUUCUUAUUCUUUUUAUUACACUCGGGACAUCGGUUCUACUUGCUUCGUUAUUUAUUUCUGUAGCACCAAUAUCAGUGUCCCUCAUUGGUUGCCUCUUUGCCUCCACACUCCACCAACCUUGCUCGUGUUCCAGACAAGACAGCCGAAGAAAAAAGCGGAGAUUAUCAGGACACCGGUUCACACCUCCCUUUCCCCUCUUUCUUCCUUUCCUCUUUCACAAAGCAACAGCAAUUCCAGCUUCGGCCCUCAACUUCAACUUUCAAUCGCACUACGCCCUUUUCAGAUUAUCGAUAGCAAAAUGACAUCGAUCCCAAAGGGCGCCAUGGCUGCCAUGUCCUUCUCUCACACUCACACUGGACAGCACACCUCCUACUACCUUACACGCAACAGCAACUCCUCUUCCACCCAUCGUCCUCAGCAACCCUCCUCUUCCUCCUCCACUUCUCCCACUUCUUCGCCUACAGCCUCGUCCCAUCCCUCACACUCCUCACACACUUCACAUCCCUCCUCGGAAAGACCUCAAUCACUUCCCUAUCAACCCACUCAACACCAGCACCAGCACCACUACGAACACCAGCACCACCAGAAGCACAACCACCAGCACCAGCGCGACCAGCGCGACCAUCGCGAGAACAUGGACAUGGAUGUCGAAGAGCCCUACCCCUCACCUUCGUUCUACCCCUCUCGCAGCCAGCCAUCUCACGAGCGUAACCACCCUCAGCACUCACCCGAUCACCCCCAUCCUCACCUACGACACCGCUAUGACGACCACCAAGACCACCCUCGAUACCAUCAGCAUGUCCUGCCUCCACAUGCUUCUAUGGAGCGGCUCCAUGGACAUGAGCGGUCCCACCAGAUCGAUACCCCGAAUGGCUCUUCCUUUUCGUCUUCAUCCCCUGCUCCUUCCUACACAUCCUCCCCCUCAACAUCCAUCUCCCACUACUCCUCACCCUCUCCCAAAUCACAAUCUACGGUCAUCGAGCGGCCCCCCAAGAAAUCUCGAACGAACCCAGACAGUGAACCAACAACAGGUGGUGAUAUUUCGUCUGAAUCAUCCUCGUACAAUGUCACUGAACACAAAGAAGCAAAGAGAGAAGAGGCAACACCGACAGUCGCACACGUCUUGCCCUCUCCAUCUCGUUCUCCCUCGCCUUCCGAUACCGCGUACUCGGAUGGAUCUCGAUCCAGAUCGAGAUCAAUGUCCUCGCUGCCCAUAACCCCUCAAUCCUCUCAGUCUGUAGCAAUCCCUUCGUCAUCCGGACUCGAUCCGCAACCCCUGCAAUUUACCUGCUCAAUUGGCGAUUGUAAAAAGUCAUAUUCCACUCACCAGGGACUUCGACGCCACAUUCGUGACCACAAGGAAACAGCCCAGGGGGAGCGUUAUCCGUGCACCAUGCCUGGCUGUCGCGUCAGUCUGCGGACCAAGCAGAGCCAGACAGCUCAUGUUCGGUUGUGCAAACAAAAGUUGGCGGGAAUGCUUCACAAGUGCCCCGAACCCGGUUGUGAUGCUGCCUACGGCUCGACCGAGAAUUUGUCCAGGCAUCGGCUGAAACACCAGCGUGGUCUGGUUGGUGUAAAGUACCCUUGUACCUGGCCAGAGUGUGAUAAGAUUCUGGCCACGCCCAAGAGUCUCAAGGACCACCUCCAGAUCCAUUCGGAGAGGGAUGCUGGCAUCAAGCUGCUUUGCCCUGUCGAAGGCUGUGGCAAGGUUUUUGGUACGAAUCGAUGUCUACGUGCUCAUGAGCUGCGGUGCAAGCAGGUCAAGUCCGGCGAGCGGUUACCGUGUCCAAUCGAGGGCUGCAAAGCCACGUUCGGUAGCACGGACUAUGUACGCCGCCACGUUCUGGACCACGAGAAAGGUCUAAUUGGAAUGGAGUUCCGCUGUGAUUUUGCGGAUUGCAAGGCAGUUCUGGCCAACCCCCUGACGCUUCAGCGGCACAAGCAGCUGCAUGAAGAACAAUCACUGGGCUUCGAAUGGAUGUGUCUGGUUGGGGACUGUGGCAAAGUCUACUCGGGAAGCAAGCAACUUACCGAUCAUCAGACGAGGAUCCAUAAGGAUCUAGGUCUUGACUAUCGAUUCUCGUGUCCGUACAAGAAAUGUCAACAACAAUUUGAGUGUCAGCGCAGCGCGUACAAGCACGAUUGUCUUGUUCAACAGAAGAAAUGUCCGUUCGACGACUGCCCGUGUAUGCUGCCAAACGCCGAGGCAUUGGAUGCACAUGUAUGGAUGCAUAAUACGCUUAAGACCAGGCCGCCUUAUCCAUGCUUCGAAGAGGGCUGCUCCAAGGUUUACGACACAAAGAUGGGUAUCCUAGCCCACGCUCUCACUCAUAUCAUAACGGAUUUGUAAGACUCUAAGAAAACUAUCCAUUAUUUACUGCUUCCCACAGACAUAGCCAUCCUCUGUACACUUGUAUUAUCUUUUAUUCUCUCCCACGAGGCAACCUCUUUUUUAACGCUGCCCAUUGUACCAAAAAGCCUAUAUAUAUUUGUUGUUGUGUGCAACCGAAUAAAUCGCCAUCUCGAUGUUACUUUGCCU